UAUAUAUUGAAUAGACAAAAGAAAGAAUGGUUCUAAAAGAUCUCUAGAUUCUUGGGAUCGCGACUUACCAAACCCAAUAAACAAAUGGCACAUGACAACAAUAACCCACCUCACCUUCAUCUGCCGUCGCCUUCACGAGUCCUUCAUUUUGAGCCUCUGCCUCUCUCUCUUUAUUUCUGCCUUGUAAUUGUAAUUGCAUGCCCCUUCUUUCCUUCUCCCGUCUCUUCUAUUCUGAUUUCUCUUCUCUUUUACCCACUCCACCCCCUCCUUGGAUAACGGGAUCCUCCUUUGACUUCUGCGUCUAGACUUAUCAUACCAUUAUCAUAACAUUAUAUAUAGUACCAUCAUAAAACUAUAUACUAUUAUAUAUAUUAAAUAAUUAUAUAGAGUGAGAGAUCAGCUGACCUAAACACGCAAAUGCUGGGAGAAGAACACGAAGACCCGUAAUAAAGACUUCAAUCUCACGUAAACUUUCUUCUUAUUCAAGUACUCCAUUCUCCUGCUCAAACAUUUACCAACUCACACCAAAAUAAUAAUAAUAAUAAAAAAGGACUUCAAACAAUGUCGUCGAGCUCCGACGAGUCGCUGACUCAGCACCACCGGGUGAGUCACCUGGUGGAGAGCAUCUUCGCUUACGACAGCAACGUCAUGUUGGCAGCCCUCAUCUCCCUCCUCUUCGUCAUCCUCUUCGUGCUGCUCCUCCACGUCUACGCCAAGUGGUUCCUGGCCCAGGCCCACACCCAGGCCCACCGUCGCCACCGCAGCACCUCCGUCGCCGUCUCCCGCGUCCUCAGCCCGGCCCGCUUCAACAAUCUCCCACCCUCAUCGUUCGUUAUCGACCUCGCCUCUCUCUCUACUGCCCCCGCUAAUUCCAAAGGCCUGGACGCUUCCGCCAUAUCGGCCAUCCCGCUCUUCGUCUACGGCGGUGAAAAAGCCGGGCUCGAGUGCGUCAUCUGUCUCAGCGGAUUCGACGACGGCGAGGUCGGGAGGCGCCUCCCAAAAUGCGGUCACGAAUUUCACAGGGAGUGUGUCGACAUGUGGCUUGGAUCGCACUCCAAUUGCCCGAUUUGCAGAGCUCCGGUAGUUUCCGAGGUUAUUUCCUUCGCCGGGGAUGGGACGGCGGCCGAUGCUGUUGCCGGCGACGGCGAUUCGGUUACGGUACUUGAUGUUUCGAGCUCUGGUGAUAAUGGUGAGAGUUCUGUGGGGAGUGAUUCAUGUUCGUCGUCUUCAUCGCCGUCGUCGUUUGGGUGUUCGUUGAAGAGAAUGCUGAGCAAAAACUGGUCGGAGAACAAGGUCUUUCCGGCGUCGAGUGAGUGAGUUAGCAGCUUGAGGUUAAAAAAAAAAUUAAAAAAGUAAAAAAAAAAAAAAAAAAAGAGAGAAAA